AUGUCACAAUCAUUAAAGCCAUACUUAACAGCUGUUAGAUCUUCGUUGACAGCAGCAAUAUGCUUGGAGGACUUUUCUUCACAAUUAGUGGAAAGACAUAACAGACCAGAGAUAGAAGUUGAUAAUAGUCACAACCCUGAAUUGAUAUUAAAUCCUAUGAUAAUAGCUAGAAACGAGAACGAAAAAAUCUUAAUUGAGCCCUCUGUAAACUCGGUUAGAGUUUCUAUAAAGAUUAAACAAGCAGAUGAAAUAGAGCAAAUCUUAGUUCAUAAGUUCACCAGGUUUUUAACUUCAAGGGCCGAAAAUUUCUUUAUUUUAAGAAGAGUCCCUAUAAAGGGAUACGAUAUAUCUUUCUUGAUUACUAACUUCCAUACUGAACAAAUGUUGAAGGAUAAAUUGGUUGAUUUCAUCAUAGAAUUUAUGGAAGAUGUUGAUAAAGAAAUUAGUGAAAUGAAAUUGUUCUUGAAUGCUAGAGCUAGAGUUAUCGCUGAGGCAUACUUGACCCCAUUCGAUUAA